AUGAAAGAUAUUGGCAUUGAUCAAUUUGAAGACAAAAUUGAAAUACUAGCAAAAUCCAAAUAUUAUAUACAAGUCAAGCAACAACCACAACUAAAAUUAUUAACACCAGAUGAUAUGAUACUUGAUCAUGAAUUUGCUCAUUUAUAUCAGACCCUUAAAAGUUCAAUAUGUCGUAUGUUAACAGCGGAACACGUAAAUUCAACAGAUUCAGCACAUAUUGAUCCAAUAUCAACAAAUGUUAAUGAGCAACAAAUAUCGACGAUGAUAAUACAUAAUGAUUUCAACCAACAAAAGGUUGAACAAAUAAACAUAUAUAAAAAAAAAGAAAAACAAUUUAUUGAAAAACGUGAUAUGCAUAAAAAUAAAAUCAUGGAUUUAGAUCAACAAAUACAAGAAAUCAAAGAUAAAAUUGCUUUAUUAGAUGUAUCAUCUGAAUAA